AUGGCUGCGAAAACUGGAGAGUUUCCAGGGAAUAGAAACACUGAACUGCCUCUUUGGCCAGCAGAUCAAAUGCAGUAUAUGAGCAUACGAUAUGUUGAUUGGGCUACUGCUCCGUACACUCAGAUUCCCGCGCCUGGAGGUGUUCCUGGUACGUUGUUUCUCUAUUUCUUUCUUUCUUUUUGAAAACCAUCAACUUUUUUAAAGGUUCAUAUUUACAUAGUCGCCAAAAAUGGUACUGAUGAUGGAUAUUCGGUGCGGGUCCCUCACCACCACAGGUAGUACGCAUCAUAUAUAUCGUUUCUGGGAUAGGUGACUUCAUUGCGCGUGCGUUCGAGAAUAUAGGAUUGGGCCCUAAAACGCCCGAACAAAUUGCAGCCAGAAUGAAGUCCAUGGACUUGGCAAGAAGUCCCAAGCUCUUGGGAACCAGAGUACCUUUUUCCCCUACUUGUAAAACCCAUCCUUCCGGCUCACAUCAGUGGGUUUGGUAUGGGUUAUCCCCCAUGUCAGACGCCCAUUGGAAAGCCAAAGGUCUUGAUGAAGAGUGUCAUAUUGAAGAAGCGCUGUCAGUCCUUCAAUCAGUAGUGGGCUAUAUUGAGUACACGCAGCGACCAAAUAUCGUAGGUAAACGUCGAAAUGCAUUUAACAAAAUAUGUGGCAAGUUGGGUGUUUUCCAGGAUGCCUGCAAUGCCCUCCACGCCACAAGAGGCCAGCGAAUGCCCGGAUGGGAUUUGACAAAAUUGUGGCAGGAAUAUAUUCGGUUUGUUGAUCAGCCUUUCACCAUGUUUACAAUGAAGAAUUAACCCCGCUUCAAGGUGCCUAUACGAGUUCCAACAGUAUCAAGCCCGUGCCUGGCUAUUUACCCACCUCCUCACGCUCCAAAAACACUGGAAAGACAGACUUGUGCGCGGUCUUUCAGGAGGAAGAGUAAUGAGCGCUACCCAAGGAACAAUUCGCGUCUGUCAUCUCUCCAUAUUUAUACUCAACAAAAUCCAAGAUCUUUAUGCAGCAAUAGAUAUCCUCGUACACAAAUCUACCGAUGGUUACCUCAUGGCCCAGGGCAUCGAUCCGAGGUUCAGUGGAGUUACUGAAAUUCCUGCUGCACGUAUCAAUGAGAUACAUUGA